GUCUGGGUAGCAACCAAUGACAAUCUCCAUGAACAAUGGUGCCAACAAAUAGCUAAGGAUGAAUGUCUCAGUACAAAACAAAAUCAAUUAGCUGAAGAAGAAUCAGUUCAGCUUCAGUGCGCUCAGGUGUUUGAAGAAGAAACAGCACGAAUGGAGGAGAGGAAAAAGAACUGUCUCAAAUACUCUGAGAUACUCAUGAGGCCUCGCCCAGACACCAAUGAAGACAAGACCUUCAUAUCAGAAUUUGUCCUGAAAAAGCUCUACAAGAGCCACUUCAUAGAGUUAUACUAUUGGACUAACGACAGUUUAGAAGAAACUCUCUCUCUCCUGAGAACCCCAGGGACGAUGACAGAUUAG